AUGGCGGAGGUGGCGGAGGAUCCGCGCAGCGCAGCCGGAGGCGCGACAUCGGCGGGGAUGCUGCGCGAUGCGCGCACGCCGCCGAAAUCGUGGUCGGAUUUCGAGCCGCCGACGGCGCGGUGGGCGAAUCCGUUCGCGCUGCGCGUGGGGCAGGUGUUCACGGGGUUCGGCGUGGGAUGCGGCGUGGGUAUCGGCGUUGGCCGGCCCGUGAACCUGGGUAAGGGCACUGGGGUGGCUAGUGGGGUAGGGCGCAUUGGGUUAGGGCGCAUCGGGGUAGGGCACAUUGGGGUAGGGCGCAUCGGGGUAGGGCACAUUGGGGUUGGGGCGCAUUGGGUUAGGGCGCGUCGGGGUAGGACUCUUUCUCUCUCCCCGCUAGGCUUCCUGCCAGCAGCAGCAGCUGCACCGUGGCGUCUCCUGGUGGGAAAUUCCAACCGACUCACAAUGCCGUUUGAGUCUCCUCAAAUCGCACCUUUUCCCCUUUCGAGUCGCCUAAAAGGCAGCUCUUUUUUCCUUUUGUUUUCUCUGCCCUCUCUGCCCUCUCUCCCACCGCCAGGCGCCUCGCCAGCAGCAGGGGCGGUGGCAUCCAUGGCGGGUGAUUUCAACCGUGCGUUGCCAGGAGCAGGGGCGGUGGCAUCCAUGGCGGGUGAUUUCAACCGACUCGCUGCUGGCGCCGCUGCUCCCCUCCGCCCACUCCUGAGGCGUAUGGGAGUGCCUCACGUGGAUGUGGGCGUGGGGUGCGGAGUGGGUUUCGGCCAUGGCUUUGGCGCCGGUGUUGCCCUCAAGCCACAAGUUCUGGCGUCCCUGCUGCAGUCUGCACAGGCCGUGGCAUCUCGCCUCAUCUCACACAUCCCUCAAGAGCAUCGCUCUCAUGCCACCGCAGCACUUAGCAGCUCCAUACCAGCUAUUAGCAACUCUAUUCCAGCACUUACCGGUGCAGCAGAGAAGUCAAGGGAGGGGCACAAUGUAGCUGUUGGUGUGGUGGGGUCAGAACGAGUUGCAUCAGAAAGCUAUCCCGGUGCCUUAGGAACUGACUCCGGCGCUUCAGGGACUUAUGUUGGUGCCUUAGGAACCAGCUCUGAUUCUCCCCUUGCUGCUGCUAAUCGCGCUGGCAGCACCGGCAAUUCUGGUGCUGGUGGUGCCUACGUGCCUGAUGUGGAUCAAGCCAAGGCACAGAACCUCAUCAUGCUCUCUCUCCUGGAGCAGCAGGCUGACAUUCGUCGUCUCACCCAGCAGGUGCAAGCUCUGCAGGAGCAGCAACACCAAGAGGUCGAUAGGACCCGUUGCUUUGACUGCCGACAAAAGUCCAGGCGGAGAACAAAAAGUGGCAAUUGA